AUGCAUCCCCAUAAAUCUUUAAGUUUCAAAGAUUCAGAAAUCACUCUUAAGUACUAAUUAAUUCUCAUUUAAGUUACUUAUUUUUUGUAGCCACUCAAAAUUAUUGGUAGAUAAAUUGAAAUUAAGAGUAUUGAAAUCAGAAAAAUUAUUGCUGAAGUUAGAGAUACUGAAUCUUAUUUUAAGUCCUUAUUGGAUUAAAUCAGAUUUAAAACAGAUGCCAAGAGACCCUCUAAACUGAUCUCUAUCAUGAAUCUUAUAAGUGUUGAAAAGAAUAAGUAUUCACUUAGAAUUGAAGAUAAUUUUGAAAUCCUAAACGUAUUAAAAAAAUGA